AGCACGAUCACCCCGGUUUACAGUUAUGCUACCACUCGCAGGUAACUCUGCUUUACACGGGGUUCCUGGUCAGUCUUCCCUUGACGUCACGGGUCCUCCAGCUCCCUCCAAAUAAGGGCUUCCUGCACUCCAUAUAUGGCCAUGUACGUCACGGAAGAAGGGCGUGUCCAAAGCUCUACGAACCCUUUAAAUAGGAGCGGAUCCCAGGGAGCCGCGAGAGAUUCCAGCAGGCAGGACUGGGGGAGCCGUGCGGGGGUAGAGCUUGUAGAACCGGCGACAACCCCAGCAGCAGCCGCCAGCAUCUCACAACAACAAGCACUCGUUAUAUCACAAACACACAGUGUCACAGCCCCAAGCAGGAGGCCAGCUGUCCUCCAUCAGUGUGCAGCUCCACAUUCUCUUAUAGGGAUCCCAGGAGGACCGUAUGGCAGCUGCCAAAACAGAGAUGCUCAUCUCACCUCUGCAGAUCUCUGACCCAUUUAGUUCCUUCCCUCACUCCCCUACUAUGGAUAACUACCCCAAACUGGAAGAGAUGAUGCUCCUAAAUUCGGGGGGAUCCCAGUUCUUGGGCGCUACAGUCCCUGAUGGCAGCGGAUUCAACUCCCCAGGGGAGGGUGCUGAGCAUUUCGAUCACCUAGCAGCAGAUGCCUUCUCUGAAAUGUCACUGAACAAUGAGAAAUCAGUGAUAGAGACAAGCUAUGCCAACCAGACCAACAGAUUGCCAUCUCUGACAUAUACUGGACGUUUCUCCAUAGAACCUGGUCCCAAUAGCAGCAACACCCUGUGGCCAGAACCUCUCUUCAGCCUUGUCAGUGGACUGGUUGGGAUGGCUAAUACACCAACCUCUUCAACACCCUCAUCUUCGCCAUCCUCCUCUUCACCAUCCUCAUCAUCGCAGAGUCCUCCCUUGAGCUGCUCUGUUCAUUCCAAUGACAGCAGUCCAAUAUAUUCAGCAGCCCCAACAUUUCCUAAUUCAAGUUCUGACAUUUUCUCAGAUCAAGCAUCUCAGUCUUUCCAAAAUGCAUCAAAUGCUUCACUUCAAUACCCACCUCCAGCCUAUCCUAUCACAAAGACCAAUUUUCAGGUGCCAAUGAUCCCAGAUUAUCUGUUUCCACAGCAACAAGGAGAUGUCAGUAUGGUACCUCCAGAUCAGAAACCCUUCCAGGCUUUAGAGACCAGAACACAGCAGCCUUCACUCACACCCCUGUCCACCAUUAAGGCCUUUGCUACCCAGACUGUUUCACAAGAUCUCAAAACCAUAAACAGUUCUUAUCAAUCUCAGCUUAUCAAACCAAGCAGAAUGAGGAAAUACCCCAAUCGCCCAAGCAAAACUCCUCCUCAUGAAAGGCCUUAUGCAUGUCCAGUUGAGUCUUGUGACAGGAGAUUUUCCAGAUCUGAUGAACUGACAAGACAUAUCAGAAUCCAUACAGGACAGAAGCCCUUCCAGUGCCGCAUAUGCAUGAGGAAUUUUAGCAGAAGCGAUCAUUUAACAACUCACAUUCGCACACACACCGGAGAGAAGCCAUUUGCCUGUGACAUUUGUGGUAGGAAAUUUGCAAGAAGUGAUGAGAGGAAGAGACACACAAAAAUACACCUGAGGCAAAAGGACAAAAAGACAGAAAAAGCCACUCCUGUGUCAGUUGCUACCUCCCCAAUGUCCUCAUAUUCUCCAUCAGCUACAACAUCCUACCCCUCUCCAGUGCCAACUGCUUACUCCUCACCAGUGUCCUCAUCAUAUCCCUCCCCAGUUCACAGCUCUUUUCCUUCUCCCACAACUGCAGUUACAUAUCCUUCAGUUACUUCGGCCUUCCAAACACAAUGUAUUACAAGUUUCCCAUCUUCAAUAGUAACCAAUUCAUUCUCCUCACCAGUGUCCUCAGCAGUUUCUGACAUGUCAAUGGCAUAUUCUCCAAGGACAAUUGAAAUCUGUUAAGACUUUCAUAUGACAGGUGCAGAUAAAAUAUUUAGGCACAAUCUGAAGGCUACCAAAGUUAAAAAUGUCUCAGAAUGAAAGUUAUUGAUGGCCAACAGACUUUUUAAUAAGCAAGGCCAUUAUAAACUGAUAUAUGCUUCAAAUGUUUAAGAAACUGCCAUUUUAAUUUCCCAUCCGUUUCAAAAGACUUAAUUUGCAUGGAUAAUUAAAAUAAUUUCAACAUGAUCCUUUUAAAGAUCUACUUUUAUUUGCAUAAAGGGAUUUUUUUACUAUAUACAUAAUGUAUAUUGUAUAUGUGCAAGGUUUUUUUUUUGUUUUGUUUUAACUUUUCUUUUUUGGUACUCUUGAUGUGAAUUUUUCCCUUGCAUAUUCAUAUGGUAUUAUUUGAAUUUAAUAGGGACACCUUUUUUUUGUAAAUGUUAUCUAGUGAUAUUGCUGCCAUGAGGUUUAAUAUUAUUUGAAAAACAGCACUUAUGUAUUCAAGCAUGUGUAAGAGUAAUGUUAUGUUUACCUUUUUGUAAAUAUCAUCAGAUGGUACUCUCACAUAUGUCAAACAUUUUUUGUUUUCUAGUUUCAGUAACUUGGUGCCUUUUUGUGAAGCCUUGCUAAUGUCUUGACACGUGUACUUGCGUGAACUGAUGCAUUGCAUCUAGCCUUAAGGUUAAAGGGAUUUCUUCAAAGAAUGUAUAAAACACCUAAAAAAAAAGGUACAGAGGGAGAAAGCUGACCUUCAGCUUCGUUUCUGUAGAAUGUAAGCAAAAACUCAAAAUAUAUAUUUUUGUAAUUGAAAUGUAAAUUUAUAAAUAUAUAUUCAAGAGUUGGAAUGUCGUAGUUACCUACUGAGUAGGCAUGGAUUUUGUAUGUUAUAAACAUGCAGCUCAUUAUUUUGUGUUUUUUUUUAUUUUUAUUUUUACUUUGUAUUUGUGUUUGUUUAAACAAAGUGACUGUUUGGCUCAAAACACAUUGAAUGCGCUUUACUGCCAAUGGGAUAUUUGGUGUACAACAUAUCCUUCAGAAAAAAAUAAAAUAUAUGAAUAUUUUA